AUGGACGCAACCCUCAUCAGGACCAUCAACAGGCUCCAGGACGCCUUCUCAACCGUCGGUGUCCACAACCCCGUCGACCUCCCCCAAAUCGUCGUCAUUGGCUCUCAAUCCUCUGGCAAGAGCUCUGUCCUCGAAAAUAUUGUCGGACGCGACUUUCUGCCCCGUGGCUCCGGUAUCGUGACUCGUCGACCAUUGGUUCUCCAAUUGAUCAACCGUCCUGCCGCAACUUCCACCUCUGACGAUGGCGACAAAGGCAAGUCAACUAUCAGCCAUGCCCAGAACGGCGACGAGAACGACAAGAAGGAGGCUGAGGAGUGGGGUGAAUUCUUGCACCAACCCGGUGUCAAGUACACCGACUUCAACUUGAUUCGUGAGGAGAUUGUUCGCGACACCGAGGCCAAGACUGGAAAGAACGCAGGAAUCUCUCCUCUUCCCAUUAACCUCCGCAUCUACUCCCCUCAUGUCUUGACGUUGACCCUUGUCGAUUUGCCCGGUUUGACCAAGUUGCCCGUUGGAGACCAGCCCAAGGAUAUUGAAAAGCAAAUCAGGGACAUGAUUGUCAAGUACAUCACCAAGCCCAACUCCAUCAUUCUGGCAGUCACUGCCGCCAACGUCGAUCUCGCCAACUCUGACGGUCUUCAACUUGCCCGCAAUGUCGACCCUGAGGGUGCCAGAACGAUCGGAGUCUUGACCAAGGUCGAUCUUAUGGACGCUGGCACAGACGUUGUCGAUAUUUUGGCCGGUCGUGUCAUUCCCCUUCGCCUCGGCUACGUUCCCGUCGUCAACCGUGGACAGCGUGAUAUUGAUACCAAGAAGUCCAUCCACAAGUCCUUGGAGGGAGAGCGCGCCUUCUUCGAGAACCAUGCCGCUUACAAGAGCAAGGCCCAAUACUGCGGAACCCCAUACUUGGCCAGAAAGCUGAACAUGAUUUUGAUGCAUCACAUUCGUAACACUCUUCCCGAGAUCAAGGCAAAGAUCCAGGCUGCUCUUGCCAAGUACAUCGCUGAAUUGGCAACACUCGGAGAUGGCAUGGCUGAAGGCGCAGGACAGGCUAACAUUGUCCUCAACAUUAUCACCGAGUUUUGCACCGAGUUCCGCACCAUCAUCGACGGUAACUCGACUGAUUUGUCAUCAUUUGAGCUUUCCGGAGGUGCCCGUAUCAGCUUUGUCUUCCACGAGCUCUAUUCCAACGGAGUCAAGUCAUUGGACCCCUUUGAUCAGGUCAAGGAUGUCGACAUUCGUACCAUUCUUUACAACUCCUCUGGUUCCUCACCUGCUCUCUUUGUCGGCACCACGGCAUUCGAAGUCAUUAUCAAGCAACAGAUCAAGCGCCUGGAGGACCCCAGUUUACGCUGCGUUAACAUGGUCUUCGACGAGUUGGUCCGCAUCUUGACUCAGCUCUUGUCCAAGCAGCUCUUCAAGCGUUUCCCCCAGUUGAAGGAUCGUUUCUACCAGGUUGUCAUCAACUUUUUCCGCAAGCAGCUGAACCCUACCAACAAGCUUGUUCAGGACUUGAUUUCCAUGGAGUCCUGCUACAUCAACACCGGACACCCCGACUUUUUGAACGGACACAAGGCCAUGGCUGUCAUCAACGACCGUAUUAACCAAGCCAAGAACCCACAACCUGUCGACCCCAAGAACCGUAACUCUGCUCUGGCCAACCUCCCUCCCAGCCUCGAGCCCGAGCCCACGAACAAUGGCUUCUUUGGAAGCUUUUUCUCGGGCAAGAAGAAGCGCCCUGGUGUUAUGGAGCCCCCACCAUCGGUUCUCAAGGCGUCUGGCAACUUGUCGGAGCGUGAGCAGAUCGAGACGGAGGUUAUCAAGCUGUUGAUCUCCUCGUACUUUAACAUUGUUAAGCGUACUGUGAUCGAUACUGUCCCCAAGGCUAUUAUGCUUAACCUUGUCAACAAUGCCAAGGAAGAGCUCCAGCGCGAGUUGCUCCAGGAAUUGUACAAGACCGAGGUCCUGGAUGAGCUGUUGAAGGAGAGCGACUUUACUCAGAACCGCCGCAAGGAGUGCAAGAAGAUGAUUGAGGCCCUCCAAAAGGCCGACGAGAUUGUUGGCUCUGUGUCCGGAUGA